UAUGUCUAACUUCACUUCCCUUUGGUUUCUACUCGUUUUCUCGUAUUUUUUCUCCAACUUCUUGUUUGAUUCAAUUUUUACAUAUUCAAAUGCAUCGACACUGUUCCCGCUUCAACAAGAAGGUGAUGCUCUAAUCCAAGCUGGUUGGUGGGUCAAUCAAAAUAUUUCACUUCGUUGUAAAUGGAAAGGCAUAACUUGUGAUGCUUCGGGAAGUAUUAUAAUGAUUCAGGUACGGAGGUCAUUGCCCAACGGGUCUACUCUACACAACUUGAAUUUCUCAUCUUUACCUAACUUGAAGGGUCUUUAUCUCAUUAACUCUAGUCUCCAAGGGGGAAUUCCUCCCGAAAUAUCUCAACUCUCCAAACUCACCUCUUUGUUUUUAGGUUCAAAUGAUCUUUCCGGCGAGGUUCCUUUGGAAUUAGGAAAUUUGACAAAUUUAUUAGAGCUUGAUCUUAGAAACAAUAUGUUUACCGGUACAAUCCCUUCAACCAUAGGUCGUUUGACCAAUUUAAAGACUCUAGAUCUUUCCCACAACCAAAUAGGUGGAUUUAUUCCAUCUCAAAUAGGGAACAUGAAGAGCUUGACAGGCCUGUAUUUAGGCAAUAACUUGAUCAUUGGUUCAAUUCCAUCCGCGUUUGGAAAUUUAAGUAAUCUAUCUAAUAUUGUGAUGAAACAUAAUAAGCUUAUUGGCCCACUCCCUACCACCUUUUGGUCUUUAACUCGGUUGAUUUGGUUAAGUCUUUCCUACAACUACUUUAAUGAUUCUGUUUCUCAAAAAAUUCAGAAGUUUAAAGGCUUGGAAAUUCUUGAACUACAUGAAAAUGUGUUCUCGGGCCCAAUCCUUUUCUCUGUCGUCCAUCUUACUAAUUUAUCCAUCCUAAAUCUAUCGUCAAAUAGAUUCAAUGGAACCAUCCCCGUGCAAAUAGAUCAUUUAGAGAAAUUGAAUAUUUUGAAUGUUAGUUACAACAUGUUCAGUGGUCCAAUUCCUGCGACUCUCGUGGGACUGCUUUAUAGUACUCAUUCUCCCUACUAUGUCUUAAAUAAUGGAAUUACAUUGGAGAUUGACUUCAGUCAUAACUUCAUUGAUGGUGAACUUCCCCGUUUGUCACUGGAUAAUCAUUUAAGGCCUACAAGCAUCAACAUUAGCUACAAUAAUCUCGUAGGCAAAAUUUCAGAUUCCUUCCUUUUCUUUAGAAGUGUCAAUUUAUCGUAUAACAAGUUUGAAGGUGAAGUUUGUGACCAAAUUCUACAUCGUUUUGAUGUAAGUGCUGUUUUGGGUAAUCAAAAGCUUUGUGGCAGUAUUCCCCCGCUUCAUCCUUGUGAUUCACAGAAUCAUGGAAUUUUCAAAAUGCUGAUGAUUCUGCUUCCCUCAGUUUUCUUUUUCGUUCUCUGUUUUUCUUGCUUCACUCUUGUUCGUUCCCGAUCAAAGAAGAAGGUCACCCAUGAGAUAGAGUCAAAUAAGCAUGGGAAUGUGUUCUGCAUAUGGGAUUAUGAUGGGAAGGUUGCGUAUGACGAUAUUAUAGAAGCAACAGAAGACUUCGAUAUUAAAUAUUGCAUUGGUACAGGUGGGUAUGGAAGUGUUUAUAAAGCAAGUCUUCCAAACGGUAAAGUUGUAGCUUUAAAGAAACUCCACACCCGUGAAGCUCAAGAGAGAACUGUUUACAAAAGUUUCCAAAAUGAAGUUGAUAUGUUGAAAGAGAUACGGCACAGGAACAUCAUUAAACUUUAUGGAUAUUGCCUCCAUAAGCGUUCCAUGUUUCUGAUUUAUGAAUACAUGGAGAGGGGAAGCUUAUUUUGGGUGUUGAGUAACGACACAGAAGCAGUGGAAUUGGAUUGGAAGAAAAGACUGAUCAUCCUACAAAGAGUUUCACAUGCUUUAUCAUACAUACACCAUGAUUGCAUUACUCCAAUCAUUCAUCGGGACGUUACAACCUGUAAUAUACUUUUGGACUCAAAUCUAGAAGCUUUUCUAUCCGAUUUUGGUAUCUCAAGAUUACUCGAUCAUGAGUUAUCUUAUCAUACCACUGUUGGCGGCACUUGUGGAUAUAUAGCUCCGGAAUUAGCAUACUCGGUGGUCAUAUCAGAAAAAUGUGACGUGUACAGCUUUGGAGUGGUGGCAUUGGAAGUAAUAAUGGGUAAGCAUCCCGGAGAACUAUUAACUUACUUGUGGUCUAAAUCUAUUCCACGAAUAUUCAUCAAGGAUUUGUUAGACUCACGGCUCAAAUCUCCUUUACUCCAAAUUGGACUGACACAAAGUAUACUUCUCACAUUAACGUUAGCCUUUGCAUGUCUCCAUCCAAAUCCAAAAGCCCGACCUACAAUGCAACAUUUGACUCGAGAAUUCAACAUUCGAAGGCCCUAUCAGGAUGAACUCGCAUUUAACGAGAUUACAAUUGAUCAACUUGUAAAGCAAGAGAUAUAUUAUGUACAUCAGAUUUAGAAAUUAUUAAUUUAGAUUAUGCAUUUUCUCUUCA